CUCCGACACCCAGGGAGCCCCUGACGUGUCGGGGAGGAGCCCGGUGCGGGGGUGCGCGGAGUGGAGCUCAGGGCUGCGGAAGGGAGCAGAGCUGAACGGCUGGGCGGGCCUGGCCAGGCCAGCGGAGCGGAGACGUCGACCGAGCUGCGGCGAACAUGCGCUUUUGACACGUUGGCGGCUUUCUUGAUCAUGGAUGGUGAAGAUAUACCAGAUUUUUCAAGUUUAAAGGAAGAAACUGCUUAUUGGAAGGAACUUUCCUUGAAGUAUAAGCAAAGCUUCCAGGAAGCUCGGGAUGAGCUAGUUGAAUUCCAGGAAGGAAGCAGAGAAUUAGAAGCAGAGUUGGAGGCACAGUUAGUACAGGCGGAACAAAGAAAUAGAGACCUGCAAGCUGAUAACCAAAGACUGAAGUAUGAAGUGGAGGCAUUAAAGGAGAAACUAGAGCAUCAGUAUGCACAGAGCUACAAGCAGGUCUCAGUGUUAGAAGAUGACUUAAGUCAGACCCGGGCCAUUAAGGAGCAGCUUCAUAAGUAUGUGAGAGAGCUGGAGCAGGCCAACGAUGACCUGGAGCGAGCGAAAAGGGCAACAAUAGUUUCAUUGGAAGACUUUGAACAAAGGCUAAAUCAGGCCAUUGAACGAAAUGCGUUUUUAGAAAGUGAACUUGAUGAAAAAGAGUCUUUGUUGGUCUCAGUACAAAGGUUAAAGGAUGAAGCAAGAGAUUUAAGGCAAGAGCUAGCGGUUCGGGAACGACAACAAGAAGUGACCCGAAAGUCUGCUCCCAGCUCCCCAACUCUGGACUGUGAGAAGAUGGAUUCUGCUGUCCAGGCUUCACUCUCCCUGCCUGCAACGCCUGUUGGCAAAGGAACAGAAAACAGUUUUCCUUCACCAAAAGCUAUACCAAAUGGUUUUGGAACCAGUCCACUAACUCCUUCUGCUAGGAUAUCAGCACUAAACAUCGUGGGAGAUCUCUUGCGGAAAGUAGGGGCUUUAGAAUCCAAAUUAGCAGCUUGCAGGAACUUCGCAAAAGACCAAGCAUCACGCAAACCCUAUAUCCCAGGGAGCGUUAACUGUGGGGUGAUGAAUAGCAAUGGCCCAGAGUGCCCGAGGUCAGGGCGUGCAACCUUCUUCCAUAAAGGGCAAGAAAAAGUCAUAUUUCCCACGUUGUUCAUGGGGCGGUAAACGGCUUCGAUCCAGCUCCUCCCCCUCCUGGGCUGGGCUCCUCGCGGCCAUCCUCAGCACCUGGUAUGCUGCCUCUCAGUGUGUGAGUGCCCAGUCUCCAGAUGGGGCCCCUGCCCUCUUCCAGCAGCCCAGGACACCUACGCCUCGUCCCUCGGUACCUGGGUCCAGCCCUGUGCCCCUGUCUGCCUCUCCACCGCUGGCAGAGGGCAGGCUGCAUGCAGUGGCGGCUGCUGGGCCCUGCCCAGCCCCAGGACUCUGCGCGAUACCAAUACUGGCUAUUUUCUCUUCUUGCCGUAGUGCCGUUGGUUUCACAUGAUUGCACUUUUGUGGGUCACAAGUGAUACAUACAUGUAUUACUCGAUCACUGGAUGUGGAAGUACCCGUUCAUCACAUCUGCCUCAUAGCCCCAUUUUGCUGUGCUGAUAGGAUUUAGUUGUGUUUAGGACAUUGCAGAUCUUCUAGAAGUUCUCCUCAAUCAGGUUGACAAGACCCUUCUAAGCUCCCAGCCAAGCAUCUUUAGUGCUCACAAUCAUGUGUCCCCCAUCUCACCCUACAGUUCAGACCAUCCUGUACCUUCUGACUUUCUGUAAGGAGCCCAUUCCACAUAGGCUUGCUCUCAAAGCAGCAAGAUGCAGGAGGCAGGGGCAUCUGGGACCUGGGCACUCCAGGGCUGAGCCUCUGUGUGCCUCAGACUCAGGAAGCAGGUGGCAACCUUCUCGCCAGCUUUCCGAUCCCUCAGUUCAGUAACAUCUCUUAGAGCAUUUUGUUUUCUCUUCUGAAGGGUCCGUCCAGUUGCAUUGGGAAGGGUUGAGGGGCCUGAUUCUGGGGCUGGUUGGUGCGAGCAAUUGGAGGCAGACUGGCCAGAAGUGUUUGUCCCUUGCACCCUUUGGUUAUUCUCAUGCUGCACUUACUGUUUACAUUUGUUUUAUUGUAUAUAGGUUUGUAAACAUUAUUGCCUAAGAUAUUUGUAUAUAACUUGGGCUUUGUAGCUUUUAUUUAUUCAGACUCAUAUGGCAUGUUAAUUAAUGACUUACGAUGGUG